AAUUAUAUGUAUAGUUAUCAAAAGUAUAAUCAGGUCAUUGAAGUUUAUCAUGAUCCAGACAACUUGUUAUCGGACUUUUAUCAUGUCGACUCGAUACGGGAUGAUUUACUUACGAGGAAGACUAAAAGCCAUUCUACAAUUGCGUAAACGUACGUGUGGUUGUUAGCUGUUGUACAGUGUUGAAAAACACAGUUUUAAACUAGCAUUUCCGAUUGUAAAGCCUGUUGUAAAACAUGGCUGAACUUCAUCUUUCAGGACUACAACGAUAUAGAACGUAAUGGCUAACCAAUCAGAAUUCUGUCACGUGUCCAUACCGCUCUCAUCAAACGCUAAACUGUACUCUGAUUCGUUAUUAUUCACUUCAAUUACGAUGUAUCUUACUCUAUUGUAUAUUACUUUGUUGUACAACACUUACUACUACUUCUACUCCUACAACCCUACAACUACGUUUACGCAAUUGUAAAAUUGCAAUUUUUAUAAAUAUUUGUGUACACAUGAAAACUCCAAAGAGAUAUGUACAUACAUGUCUACCCUUUUUCUCUUCUACUCUUUACUUUCCCCAACUCCCACCCUCUCUUCUUGAAAAAUUCUAUCCUGCCUCUCUCCCACUUCGAUAAACCAUUUUGUCUUUAAGCAUUAUUGUAUUAAAUAAUUUUUAUAACUGUCUUGGCACUACAAUGCAAUCAAUUUAAAACAAAAUUUAUGCUUGCACAUAAAUUCUGAGUUUCUUUCAAUUGCCAUAAGGUUUUUCUAGAAAAUCAUCUACAAUAGGUUGAAAAGUAAACCGAACGAUGUUUGCAAACACAGCUGUGUUCAGGAUUUGCAGAGGGAGCAGUAUGGUUACUAAAUUUCUGUGGAAGUCAACCAAGAUUCUGCAAACCCACAGAACAGUCUGUAUUUCUGCGCGAGAUAAAUUCUACUCCAGCAACAUUGAUCAAGCUGCGAACAAGUUGGCAGUGAGUCAAAAGACGGACUGGAAUAAAACUAUAUCGGAAGCAGAGAAAAUCGUUGGGUAUUCGACCUUAAAAUUAAGACAGUUAAGGAGCGACGAGAUUGCGUUGCAAUUGACGAAGCUGGUUGGAUCCAAUCAUCCCUUAUUGAAGACAGCCAAGAAUAUUAUUUACAAUGGACAUAACACGCAGGUAUUUAGUGUUAUCUUGCUGUUAAUUUCCAAAGCUGCCGGCCACUUGAAUGUAAAACCGAUAGAAGAGGACAAAGCUACAGGGGUAUUACAAAGUCAAAAGACAUUGGUAGAUAUUACAGAGAUGAUACGCACUAGCAAUUUGAUACACAGAGGAAUAGUGAACCUAAAUACAGAUAUAGGGUCUUUGGAAUCAUCAGAAUUGGACAAUAUAACUUCGAGUAAUAAAAUAGCAUUGCUACUUGGUGAUUACUUACUGAGCUACAGUUCCAGUAAAUUAGUAGCUCUGAAAAAUCAGGAUCUUGUGUUAUUAAUAUCGUCCGCAUUUAGAGAUAUGUGCCAAGUAGAAUUUGUAGCACGCAGGGACGAUCAAAACUUUCCCAUACCAGUAAUACCACCUAAAGAUCGUACAGGCUACGCACUGAAGGAGUGGACGUUGUUAAACACUUACGCUGGAUCGUUGCUUGCGAAAAGUUGCCAAAGUACAUUAAAAAUUGCUGGUCACAGCAAAGAAAUAGAGGAGAAAGGUUACGAGUUUGGUAAACAUUUAGCUUUAGCUUGGCAGGCGUCCUUGGACCUGGGCUUGUUUAUUAAUAAAGAUAAGGAAAUUGUACAUAAUUUGUGCGCGGCUCCAAUUAUGUUCCACGUUGAACAUGACCCAUCAAUUUUGAUAGAGCUCGAUAAAGGAUUAAAAUCAGUUGAGAACGUCGACUAUUUAAAGGUGCUUGAAAUUGUCACAGCUGGUCCAGGCAUUGGAUUAACUAAAGAGCUCGUGAAGGAACACUCGCAAAAAGCAAUGGAAAUCUUAAAUGUGUUUAAGGAAAGUGAUGCCAGAAAGGCACUAUCCAAUAUUAUUGUUGCCAUAGGUGACGUUUAACAAAUAAUAUACUUUUUAUUAUUUACUUAUAAGUAAACAAUUUUAGAGUUAUAUAUAUAUAUACAUAUAUAUGAAUAAACAUCAGCAUUCUCAGUUGAUAUUCAAUAUGGAGUUGGUUGUGACAUGUCACAUCUAACCCCGACUAUUUGUAACUUUUAACCCCAACCCAAAAUCGAACAUUCAAUAUGCAAUGAAAAAAAUUUACUGAAUCCUUGGCAUAUUUACUUUAUUUUAGCACAAAUGGGAAUCCUCAAGGUUCAUAUAUAAUACAAAUAUAUUGCUAUAAUACUAAUGAUAACAGCGGGAGACCAAAAUUACAAAGAAAAAGAAGAAUUACUAACCUGCUGUUUUCGCCUGCUACGUGCACUAUGCAUAAGUUAACACUACUAGCGCCACUAGCAGGUGUGGCGUGACAGCUGACGUUCCGUCAAAUAUUUUCUCUUUGUGGCAUUGCUGUACCAUAGGUUUUUCAUUACUUUUAAAGACUGUAACUUUUUACCCCUGUAACAUCCAACCCCGGUCUCCCCUACUCCC